AUGGAAAUUAAAAAUUCACCUUCAAGUACUGCUAAUUCAAUACCAAGCAAAAAUAGUGCCACUCAAAUAAAACAAGAACAUCAACCGGAGAUAGGUACUACAACCCCGAUCCAUACCACGUUAAAUAUCCAUAGCAUUAAUUCAAACACCCAAGGUAAUCCAAUACAGUUGAAGAGAAGAAGAGUCACAAGAGCUUGCGAUGAAUGUAGAAAGAAAAAAGUCAAAUGUGAUGGUCAACAACCUUGUAUCCAUUGUACCGUAUAUUCUUAUGAAUGUACCUAUAACCAACCUUCCACAAGAAGAAACAAUAGUAAUAGUUCCACUCCGAUCUCCACAAUGGUGAAUUCCCAUUCAAUGACUAAUUUGACCAUGAUGUCGAAUCAAUCCAAUACAAAUUCCAAUAUUAAUAAAAAAUCCACACAUUGUAAUAAAAGAUUGAAUAAUGUUAAAUUGAAUGAACAAUUAAAUAAAUACAAAUUGUUAUUCAACGAGUUGUUCCCCAAAUUAUCCAACGAACUUAAUAGUAAUAUCGAUAAUUUGGAUUUACCAACUUUUUUACAAAUUUAUCAUAAUUUUAAUUCAUUUAAUAAUAAGACGUCAAAUAAUAAUUAUAUCUUAAAUGAUAUAGCUGAAGAAUAUCUUAUCAUUGCCAAGACUCAUACUCAAUCGACAUCCACCAAUAACAAUUUCACAACCAACAACGGUUCAUCAUUACACACUGAACCAUCAUCGGUUUCAUUAAAUUCAGAAGCCUCUGAAUUAAAUUCUUCCAAUUCAACUGAAUUUAAUUCCAUUGGAAGAGAAAUUAAAAUAUUAUUACCACCAAAACCAAUCGCUUUACAAUUUUUGAAAACUGCUUGGGAAGAAUGUUGUGUAUUGUUGAGAUUCUAUCAUAGACCUUCAUUUAUUCAACAAUUUGAUGAUUUAUAUGAAACAGAUCCUGAAAACUAUACUCAAUUACAAAUGCAAUUCUUACCUCUAUGUUAUUCCACAAUGGCUGUGGGUGCAUUAUUUUCUAAAUCAAUGAGAAAUCAUAAAUCUACAAAUAAUUUCUUGCAAGAUGAAGGUUACAAAUAUUUUGUUGCAGCAAGAAAAUUGAUCGAUAUUACCAAUGCAAGAGAUUUGAAUUCCAUUCAAACUAUUCUAAUGUUAUUCAUUUUUUUACAAUGUUCCGCAAGAUUAUCUACAUGUUAUUCUUAUAUCGGUGUAGCAUUACGUUCAGCUUUGAGAGAAGGUCUUCAUAGAGUUAUACCAACAAAUAAAAUUGGUACUGGUACUGAUUCAAGAUUCAAUUGUAUUGAAAUUGAAAUGAGGAAAAGAUUAUUUUAUACCAUUUAUAAAUUAGACAUAUAUGUUAAUGCCAUGUUGGGUUUACCAAGAUCGAUCUCACCAAACGAUUUCGAUCAAAGUUUACCCUUUGAUUUAUCGGAUGAAAACAUUACAAAGGAUGAAAUUUUCUUCGAUAGACAAAAUAAUGUUCUUUCCUCUGCUGGUAUUGCAAAUCAACACACAAAAUUAAUGAUGAUUUUUGAUUCCAUUAUUACAGAAUUAUAUCCAAUUAAAAAGACAAGCAAAUUCUUUAUUUCUCAUGAUUCAAUUACAAAUUUCGAAUUGAAAUUAAAUCAUUGGUUAAAUAAUUUACCCAUUGAGUUGAAAAAUUUAUAUACUCAAGAUGUUCAAUUGGAUAAAUUAAAUAAAAAUAAAAAUAAUGGCAAAGAUGGUGGUGGUGAUGAUGAUGAUGAUAACAUUCCAAGUAAAUAUGAAAGAGCAAAUAAUUUAUUGCAUUUAUCUUUUUUUCAUGUCCAAAUUAUUCUUUAUAGACCUUUCAUCCAUUAUCUUUCUAAAAACGUUCAAAUUAAUUCAAAUCCUGAUCCACUAUCCAUUAAAAGAGCUAAAAAUUCAAUCAUAGUUUCAAGAAAUGCUUUAAAAUUAGCAAACAAAAUGUUGAUGAAAAAUUUUCUAACAGGUUCUUAUUGGUAUGGUAUUUAUACUAUUUUCUUUGCUGUGGCUUCGUUAUUAUAUUAUAUCCAUGAAGUUAAACCUGAAAAUGAUUUAGAAUUGAAAGAAUAUAAAGAAAUUAUUAAAGAAGCUGAAGAAGGUAGGAAAAUUGUUAUAAUAUUAAAAGAUUCAAGUAUGGCGGCUAAUAGAACCUAUAACCUUCUAGACAAGUUGUUUGAAAAAUUAAAUUUGAAAACAAUAAGAUUAUCUUGUAUGCAAUUUGAUUCUUCGCAACAACAACAGCAGCAGCAGCAGCAGCAACAACAACAACAGCAACAACAGAAUGGUUUCACUCAACAACAAGUUAUGUUCCAACAGCAAAAUAUAAUGUCACAACAGCAGCCUAUGGACUCACAAAAUAUUAACCAACCAACUAGAAGAGGUCUUCAAAAUGAUAUGCUUUCCAAUAAUACACAACUACCUAUAUAUCAAAAUAAUAACAAUAAUAAUAGUAUGUCAAAUGUUUUUCAACCUACUACUCAAAUAUAUGAACCAAAUGCAUAUAUGCAAAACAAUGUAGUUAAUACUUCCAUGCCUAUAAAAAAUUUGAAUUUGAAUAGAAAUCUGAACACUAUACACGAUAAUAAUAUUGUUGAUCCAGAAACUUUUAAUAGUAUCUUGACAGGAUAUAAUUUAGGUGAUUACAUCAAUAGCAUCUCUAAUCAUAACUCCAAUACUGCUUCUCCACAGAUCAUUCCCCCCUUGAUGACUCCUUCAAAUAUGGCUAGCACUACUUCUAAUACUCCAAAUGUAAUGCCUCAAAAUGUUGAUCCUUCCAAUUCAAAUUCAAAUAGUUACUUCCCAAAUGUUAAUACUUUGAACAUAAAUUCAGACAUCAAUCAAAAUAUUACUCUGAACUCUAACACGAAUAUUAACACAGAGAAAAAUAUUGGGGAAUCUCAACUAUUAGAUCAAUUAUUUGAGAGCUAUCUACCUCAAUUGAAUAAUAAUACACACUCAUCUAAUAAUUCUAAUAACACUAAUAAUAGUAACCUCAAUGUUUAA